AUGUCCGUCAGUGUACGGCAUCUCAAUGGGGACUCAACUUUCCUCCUAGUCUUCUCCCCAGAGACUCAUCCAUUACCGUCCGACCUGCUCUCCGCCAACGGGGCCUUCUCUGUGCUCUUAGAUCCAUGGCUUUCAGGGCCAUCGGUCGUGACUGCGCCAUGGUUCGCCAAAACCACGUUGCGAACCCCGAGCGCGAUAUCUCAUCUCUCGGAGAUCGAAGAACCAGACGUCGUCGUGGUUUCACAGAAUAAACCGGAUCACUGCCACAAGGACACAUUGCUACAACUUCGGCCGGAGGGAAAGACCGUCAUCGCAGCCGAACCAGGAGCGGCGCGAGUAAUCAAGAGCUGGCGCCAUUUCGAUCCCAACCGGGUCGUGGGAUUGUCUAAAUUCGACCCCAAGGUCAAGUUCGGGCGGUCGCUGCGGCUUCGAAUUCCUCCAUUAUCACCAAGCGGCUUUCCAGGAGAGAUUUGUAUCUCGUUCAUAGCGGCAAAGAACUACAUCACCGGACUGCAUAAUGCGUUUGGCAUCACAUAUCAACCACCGACGCACACGCAGUCCGUGGCUCCGAUUGCAACCGUUGAUCUACCGAGGACCACCAAGUAUUUCCAUAUGCCGCUGAGCCCAAUGACUGUGCCACCCAGCAGUCCACCUGCACCGCUAUCGCCUCUGAGCAAUAGGCCAAUGUCCUUUUCAUUCAACGAUUCUGCUCUAGACCGGAAAUCUUUGCAGGAGUCUCGACUGCCACAGCCCCUGAGCUCACACAGGCCACGGUUAUCUCGGUCAUCCAAUACCGCUUCGUCUGAGUUCUUGCCCGUAACGGAGCAACCAAUUCUGAGGGCUGAGGCGAAGCUUGGCGAUGGGGAGAUUGUCCCCCGUGUGGUGACCAUUCCCAACCAGUCGCCGCUAUUGGAUAUUCCAUUCCACUUUGAAUUAGAUGCUGCGCCAACGUUUGUACGCAAGCUGCCGACGCCUCCAGAAUCUCCAGACGUCCCUGCCCAGGUGCAGCAGCCGCUGCCGCCGCCGCCCCCGACCACGACCUUUGGCUUCUCCCCAAUCCUCCCCUCAGCCAUGUCACCAAGUGCAUCUACCACCACUCCACGAGGCAGCCUCAGCACCACUUCGGUUCGGAGCCCGACACACCACAAAUCACUGUCGUCCGUUUCCUCCUGUCCAACUCUCAACAUCAACAGCCCUGUCACACCCGCGCGCCCCAGAGCCAUCUCCGUCAUCUACUCACCGCACGGCCUGCCACUCUCCGACCUCCAGCCCUACAUUGAGACACACCUCGUGCGCUUGGCGGGUGCCAUCCCACUCACGAUCCUCUUUCACUCGUUCGACCACGCCCAAAACCCAUGGUACUUUGGCGGCAACAUCAUGACGGGCAUGUACGGCGGCGCGGACAUCGCGCGGGCGCUGAUGGCCCGCUGCUGGAUCAGCGCACACGACGAGGAGAAGGACGACCGUGGCCUCAGCGUGAAGCGGCUUCGCGUGAAGCGGAUCACGGCCGAGGAGGUGCGCCGUGCGCUGUGGGAGGGCGAGGAGGGCGAGUGGUUGAAGAAGAAAGGCUGGACGUGUGAUGUCCGCAGCCUCGAUGUCGGCAAGGACAUGGUCGUGGGACCCACAAGGGAUUUGUGUGCUGGCAUGGAAGGCAAGCGCGAGAGCCGGCUGAUGAAAUUCGCCCUUCCUGUGUGA